AGGAGGAGGUGUUCCUGGUAGCCAUCUUGGAUGUGCGGAGUGAUUGUUUAGCGAGAAGAAUUGACAUUUUUUUAAAGGAAAUAACCCUUCGUGGUGAAUCGCUGAAGAUUUAGCGGAGUGUGGCGACUGAGGAAAGCACUCGCACCUCGGAAAAAUCCAGUGAAAGAAGGCAUGAAGACAUCAUCCUAGUCAUCAGUCAUGGCCGAUAAAAGGAAACUUCAAGGUGAAAUAGAUCGAUGUCUGAAAAAAGUAGCGGAGGGAGUGGAGCAGUUUGAGGAUAUUUGGCAAAAGCUUCACAAUGCAGCCAACACAAACCAGAAGGAGAAAUAUGAAGCAGACCUCAAGAAAGAGAUUAAAAAGCUACAGCGUCUUCGAGACCAGAUCAAGACGUGGGUGGCAUCAAACGAGAUCAAAGACAAAAGGCAGCUAGUAGAAAACCGCAAACUCAUAGAAACGCAAAUGGAGCGAUUCAAGAUAGUGGAAAGAGAAACCAAGACGAAAGCAUACUCUAAAGAAGGGCUCGGUCUGGCACAGAAGGUGGACCCAGCCCAGAGGGAGAAGGAGGAGGUCGGCACGUGGCUAACGAAUACGAUAGACACUCUGAACAUGCAGGUGGACCAGUUUGAGAGCGAAGUGGAGUCUCUCUCAGUCCAGACGAGAAAAAAGAAAGGAGACAAGGAGAAGCAGGACCGGAUCGAGGAGCUGAAGAAAUUCAUUGAGAGGCAUCGGUACCACAUCCGGAUGCUGGAGACGAUAUUGAGGAUGCUGGACAACGACUCUGUGCAGGUGGAAGCCAUCAGGAAGAUCAAGGAUGACGUAGAGUACUAUAUAGACUCGUCACAGGAUCCCGACUUUGAGGAGAACGAAUUCCUUUACGACGAUCUGGAUUUGGAGGACAUUCCUCAGUCGCUGGUCGCCACUUCACCGCCGGGGCACUCGCACUUGGAGGACGAGAUCUUCCAGCAGUCCAGCAGCACACCCACCUCCACCACCUCAUCUUCACCCAUCCCCCCGUCGCCUGCUACUUGCACUACAGAGAACUCAGAAGAUGAUAAGAAGAGGGGACGUUCGACAGACAGUGAAGUUAGUCAGUCGCCUGUGAAGAAUGGAAAUCCCUCCUCUUCGUUAUCCUCUUCUUCUUCCUCCUCCUCUGCUUCUUCUUCCGUCUCGGGACUGACCUCAUCUUCAAUGGUCUCUAUGGUGACCAUCGCUGGGGGAGGAAGCAGUAGCUCUGGGGGCAACAGUCAUCACAGCAACUCAGCAGGUCACCUCUCCAACACUUCCGCUGGCAGCUACAGCAACGCCACCCAGCAGCCGCCGCACCCGUCAGCGCAGCAGCAACAGGCCAAAAACUCCGUUAGCUCCUCUUCCUCAGCUCCCAUCUCCAACUCCAACACCUCCACCAACAGCCACCCUGCCUCACUGGCCGCCUCUCCACCCAAUGCCAGCACACAGGAGCUCCGUGCUUCAAAUUCACAGCCGCAGGCUCCAUCAGGGUCCACGCCAACCUCCAAUAGCCUGGGUCUUAGCCUGGGCCUCUCUUUGGGGAAAGCCAUGCCGGGCGCCGUCACCACCAGCCCCAUGUCCGGAGGCCUCGGUCUGUCGGGGAUGCCGGCAUCCCUGACGGGCACCAUGGCGGGCCUUCUGUCCAGUAACACCCCUGCACCCUACGCUCAGGCGGUCGGCUCCAGCUUACCGGGCUCUUUGGGCGGAGUCAGCACAGCAACGACCAACAGCGCUGUAGGCUCCAUCGGCAGUGGGAACAUGACAGUCGGCGGGCCGACAUCCUCGUCAGGAGGUCUGCUGGGUGCAGCGCCGGGUGCGGUUGGCUCUGGGAUUCUGGGUUUGGGCUCUAGUCAGUCAGGGGUGCAGGGCUCAUCCUUGGUGUCACCGAGCUCAGUGGGAGGUUUAGCUCCAGGUAGCGGAGUAGGAGUCAUCGGGAGCAACGGAGGCAGCUCGGGAUCAGCAGGGAGUGGAGUAGUAGGAGGAAACUCGCUCCCUGCCCGACCACCGAGCCGACAGAAGCAGAACGGUAGCACUAGUUACAGUGCUGUGGUAGCAGACAGCACAACAGACUCCGCCCUCAACAGUGCCAGCCAAUCGCAAAGCAGCCAACCCUCAUCUUUGACCUCCAUAGCCAAUCAGCCUAAGGACACUGGGCCCAGUCUACUAGGCUCUAUGAGUUUGUCGUCCAGCUCUCCAUCCCCGGCCCCUUACAGCGAGGCCAAAACAGCGAGCGGCAGCAACCUGUUGAAUGGGCCAAUGUCCUACUCACAGCAGUCCUCCGACAGCAUCAAGCCCCAAGAGCCUCUGAGCAGCCUCAAGUCCAUGGCCGAGCGAGCAGCAAUGAGCUCAGGGAUCGAGGGAGAUGUGACCUCCCUGCACCUCACCUCAGAAAUAUUCCCCAGCAGCACUACGGCCCCUUCAGGCCCCCCAUCAGCACCUCAGCCCUCGCUGUCAGAGGUCAGCAUCCCCCCAUCGUUGGGGGUGUGUCCGCUGGGGCCGGUUCCCCUGUCCAAAGACCAGGUCUACCAGCAGGCCAUGCAGGAGCAGGCGUGGACGCAUAUGCCACACCCAUCCGACUCCGAGAGAAUCAGGCAGUACCUGAUGAGGAACCCCUGCCCCACCCUGCCUUUCCACCACCAGGUGCCACCGCCCCACUCAGACACUGUAGAGUUUUACCAGAGGCUUUCCACAGAGACCCUCUUCUUCAUCUUUUACUACCUGGAGGGCACUAAGGCCCAGUAUCUGGCAGCCAAAGCCCUGAAGAAGCAGUCGUGGAGGUUCCACACCAAGUACAUGAUGUGGUUUCAGAGGCACGAAGAACCGAAGACCAUCACUGAUGAGUUUGAGCAGGGAACAUACAUUUACUUUGACUAUGAGAAAUGGGGCCAGCGGAAGAAGGAGGGCUUCACGUUUGAGUACCGGUACCUCGAAGACCGAGACCUCCAGUGACGUGCAGAGAGACGCGACAGGACGGACGGACAACUGAGAAAGUGAGAGAUGGACAGAACAAACGAACGCAUGAAGAAGGUUGAUCCACCUGCUGACAUUCCUGGAUUUGACCUCAGCUCGCUGGGGAAAGGAGACGUGCGGACCGGAGGGGGGCGGGCGGGUUUCGUCCCUCCUCCUGACCCUCCAAAUCCCGCCUUACCAUCCUCAACCCGGCAGUGAUAACCCCUCCCACUCCCAUCAUCUCCUCCUUUCUUCUUUCUAUCUCUUCAUCAGCAGGCCUUUUUUUAAAAAAAAUAUUUCCUGGCUUAGACAAAUCACACGAACACACACACAGAAAAUAAUCACGCGUAUAAUAUUCCGACUAUCCCCUGCCCUCCACUCUGAGUUAUCCUGUUAAUUUGGCUUUAAAACUGUUGCUUCUGUUAGCCCCACCCUUUAAAGGCCAAAGAUUAUUGGUCAGUUAUAUUCUCAGUGCAGGCUCUGUCGUCUUUAAACAGACCAAUGAAAACCUGGAGAUGUGAACUCCAUCAGUGCUGUAACACUUCUCAGACUUGCAUCAGGGCACAAAUCAGCUGAGAGAAAUGAAUUUUAAAAUCAAGUGAGAAGCAAACGAGGACGCGUCAAAGAGGAUGAGCAGCCAGCUCCUUUCUGCUUCAUGAACUUGACACCUGCUAAUGUGAUGCUUCACAUAACCUGAGACAUAAUGAUGCUGAGCUUCUGCCUUGUUUUCCACUGGUUUAUAAUCCAGAUUAAUUUGGAUUUUGAGUAGUGGAUAGAAAUGACAGCAGGGCUUCAUAUCCCUGGACACGCAUCAUGAUUUUUGUGUCGGUUAAUUCGUCAGUUUUUCUGCUUCAGUAAAAAUUAGGUGGAAAACUUAAAGACUGCACUUGAACAGCGGCAUCGAAUCUACAGUGAAUACAGUUGGUGGCCAGAUUAUUAGGUACAGCUGUGCACUCAAAUCGCUCUUCCGUUAAAUCGACCUUCAUGAUCAGUGUGGUUGUCUCCGUUAUUGAGGUGUUAACAGUGAAGUAUUGGUUAGAGGUGGUGCAAUCCAGGCUCACCUGCACCCUUGUAUAUGUAAAAGUAAAGCUCAGCUCCACAACAGCAAGAGCUGAUUGGGGUCCUGUCGGGGCAACGGGAAGUCAUUCACAAUGAAUGAAUCAGUUUAAAAAAUGAACUAGAAAAUUUAGUUUAAAGUGAAAAAGUAGGCAGAACUAAUGAAGACCUAAUCAUGAGAUUUAAAAUUAUUUGCUGUUCUGCAUUUUCUGACCUAUUUUUCUAACUCGUUAUAUCAUCAGAUGCAGGAAGGAGCUGAAAUAGAGCAGCAGAUAUCAGAUGCUGUAGGUGAGGCUAUUAAUGAAUGAAUUCAUCCGCCUCAACAAGCGAGUAGAAGCUGAUAUUUAGGCCUAGCAUCUCUUCCCCCAGAGUGGCAGUUAUCAUUGGAAUCACAGGUGUCAAGUUCCUGAGGUGCAAAAGUGUUGGAUUUCUGUGUAAAACAGCUGAUUAAUGAGGUCACCUGCCCUGCUGCUGUGACGAUGAGGCGUCCUUUUACAGCUCUGUGAAGGUGAAGCCGGAGCUCAGCGGAGCUUCUCUCUUCUAGUCUGUUUGGGAAAACAAGCAACCAGCAGCCGAGCAGGUAAACGCUGGUCAUAGGUGGCACCGCAGGCCUCGCUCGCACUCCAGAGGUCCCGUUUGUUGUUAUUGUUGUUGUCGGUGUUUGUUGACUUGUGAGGUGGUUUGAGCUUUCUGUGGAUCCGCCGGUCUAAAAAUAUCCCGCCCUGCCUACUCCUGUCUAUCCGCGGCGGAGGAGUGUGACAACGCAGCCGGCGAGGUGUUGGUAGUAACUGUCUUUUACCUGGUGGGCAGCGUUGUGUCAUAGUUUCACAAAAAUGGCUUCAAACUGGGAGAAGCUUGAAGAAUUCGAGUUGGAAUUACACCUUCUGCUUUCCCAGUUUUCUCUGGUAGCUUCUCGUCAUGCACAGUUUUAAUUUUUCUGCGUUCACUCAAACGCAGCGGAGGUGCACGGGGAUCCUCUCACGACUGCAAUAAUGGCACUUAUGAAUACCUGCUGAAAGCUCAGUCAGUCCACAGAUGUUUCUCUAUAGAGUUUUUGUUUGUUUUAAUACUUUGUGCACAGACCAAAUUGUGUCCACCUUCGCUGCGCUGGGGUGUCGGCAGAAGUUUUUCCCAUCCAGCUGCCAGAUAAAUAGACGAUCAGCUGCUCAUGGCAGAGUCUGCAUGCAGCAGAAAUACGCUAACCAGGUGCUUCUGAUAGCUUUCAACAAGCUAAGCUACAACUUCUUUUAGGUUUGAAGCUUUAUGCCUGAAAAUACGCCAAAAUGUUUUCAUCUCAAGACGUCAGAUACUGAUGUUUUGUCUUCAGUAGUACAGACGGGUCGUUUUUGCAUCUCUGACCAGAGCAACAGCGGACACAACGAUCAGAGAGGCCAUAGAGCUCCGUUUGGGAGCUUUGUGUCCUGCACUGUCUUGUUUAUGACAGAUUAGUAGCGAGGUCCAGCUUACUGUUGCUGCACCCAAGCGGGGGGGGGUCAAGCACACUUUUAGUAACAUGUGAGAAGGCUAGAGUCCUCCGCAUUUGGAUCAGACCUUGGCCGGUCUUUAAUCUGCCAGCCCCUUAGUGCAAAGUCUGUGUUGUGCAUUGGUGGUCUAUCAGCGCAGCUCCCUCACAUAAACCAAGCCAAAUAUUUUCAGGACUGCGUGUGGGCCACUUCCUGUUUUGUGCCACAUGUGAGAACAGACAAGUGUUAGAAAACAAAAAGGUCCUGACCUGCUUCGUUUGUGAAAUCAGCCUCUGUGACACCAGCAGCUUUGACAAAAUGUCUCUUUGACGGCGUCGGUAUGAGACCGGGCUCAUGCUACAGCCGGACACUCUCAGAGCGUCUCACACCCUGGACGUCUAAAACUGAGCAGCAGGUUAAAACCAGGGGACGUGAUCCUCUAACACAGAGCAGCUCCAGCAGUUAUCAUGGUGGGUGUUGGGUGCUGCCGGCAGCUGGAUGGACAGUUUGUUCGUCUCCCACCAGCCUCUUCUUUCCUUCCUUUUUUCCUUCCUCCCUCCCUCGUCCUCCUCCUCCUCUCUGUGCUCGAGCACAAACAGAGCAACACCAGCACUGCUGCCCACAUCUCCUCUGUCCUCCAGCUCUCUGCUCCAUGUUUACACACUGAAGGGUUCGACUGAGCCGACUGGGCCCACACCAAACACACACACACAAACACACUCGUUCUCACACUGCCCGAGCUUCUUCCACAGCUGCCAACAAAACUCAACAGCAGCUCAUUUUCUCUUGUUUUUUUGUUUUUCCUGUUUUUGACACAAAACACUUCAGUUUCUGUCUCUUCCUCUCUCUCAGCCGCCUCCUCCUCCUCCUCCUCUCCUCUUCAUGCCAGGUAGAUAUUUCCUUUAUUUCUCAGGAAGUAUUUGAUAGACCAUUUUAUGAGGAAAUGUAUCCGCCAGCAGCUCCCAUUGCCACAGCACAACUACAGUAUAUCUUCCCCCCCAUGACAGACUUUCACCGCAGGUUUAAUUUCCAUCCUUUCUUCUCUUUACACCACAGCGGCCCUUUUCAUUUCACUUUUCUUUUUUCUUUUUUUUCUUUUUUUAAAUAAAAAUAUCCUCCAAUGUUUGGAGCAGCACCUGGAAGAGAGACCAUCUUUAUAUUUUGUAUCAAGUUAUUUGUGAUAGGUUGUGUUUGUUUUGUUUUUUUGUUGUUGUUUUUGUUUGUUUUUUUCGUUCCAGAAAUGGGGGAGAUCAUUUUAAAAGCCAGAGGAGAACGGGGACUGUUCUUUUUAAAGAUCAGCGACUUCUCAAAAAGGAGUGUUUUUAUAACCAGACACAACUCAACACUUAUUCACUUGACUGACAGUCGUGCUUUUAACUUUUUGGGGGGGGUUUACUUUUUUUUUUUGACAAGCGGGAGGGAUGAGAGGUCAAUCCGAGAGCUGAAAUGUGAAUCUCUCUCUGCCCCUUGGCAAAAAAGUGUUGUAUAGACUUCUCAUCCUUCAAACUUCCUCUUAUUUUUUUUUUCCUUCAGUUGUUGUCAUCAGACAGCAUGGAAUAAUGACACUUGCAAAGUGGCGCUGAAAAAGUAAAUAAUGACAUAACCAUGAAUAAAGGAUUGUAAAAUAUUAAUAAAAGAAUUACUUUUCAGAAAUCUG